AUGUCCGACGAUUACGACAGUUUCCAUGCGAAUUGGUUUUUCCAGUUCGUUUUUGCUGCUACAGCUUCAACAAUUGUCUCUGGAGCUGUUGCCGAACGAACUCAGUUCGGAUCGUACUUGAUCUACUCGACUAUUAUUACCGGAUUCGUCUACCCUGUUGUCAGCCACUGGUGCUGGUCGGGCACUGGCUGGUUAACGGCAAGUGAAAUUUCGUCUUUCAAAUACUUGAGCUUGAGCUGUGAAACUGGAACCAUGGAGUAUGGGGAUCCAAUCGGUUUUAAAGACUUCGCCGGAUCAGCUAUUGUUCAUUGCACAGGCGGAAUCGCGGCACUCAUGGGAGCUAUUUUCAUUGGCCCUAGAAUCGGCAAGUUUUCAGAAGAAGGCAAUCGACGAGUUUCAAACGAUAUUCCCGGACAUUCAGUUCCAAUUGCUUCCCUUGGUGCUUUUAUCCUCUUUCUCGGAUUCUUGGCUUUCAAUGGUGGAUCUGUCUUGCAAAUAGUUAACGCUGAUGGAACGAGUCUUGAUGAUCAUGGCGAAGCUCUGGCUAUUUCAGUCGUCAAUACAAUUAUCGGCGGCGCAGCAGGCUCUAUCUUCGCACUUGGACUCAAUAUUUUAGUGCCAAUGAUCAAGGGAGAGCGAUACUACUGGUCACUCCUUGUCUGCAUCAACGGAGGCCUCGCUGGUAUGGUUUCCAUGUGCGCAGCCUGCAACGAGCUAAAUACUGGAGCUGCUUUUGGAAUUGGCGCCACCGCGGGAAUGACUAUCGAUGUCUUGCUCCAGUUCGGAAUCGACGAUCCGCUUGAUGCUUUUGCCGUUCAUUAUGGUGGCGGAGUUUGUGGAAUUCUUCUUUCCCCUCUUUUCGCAGCUUACGGUAUUGCCGCUUCUGCGAAUUGUGCUGAGCAAAGAGAAGAGUUUCCACUCAAAUGGGAGAUUUGCGGCCUUGACCUUCCUGUUAAUGAAGACGCUUUUAAAUGUGACUAUUCGGCCUAUAAACAAUUCACAUGGAAUCUUGUUGGACUCAUUGCCAUCACGCUUUGGUCAGGAAUCGUAGCCGGCGUAACUUUCGCCAUCCUUUAUUUCAUGGAUGUAUUGAGAGUUGACAUGGAUAUUGAAGUGCGAGGCCUUGACAUCAAGAAACACGGCGAGCCGGGAUAUCCUACUGCUGCUUAUGGACACGGCUGGGACAUAGAGGGUGAAACUAACCCUGCAACAGGCGCAAGUUCUGGCGGAGAUCAUGGACGACGGGAUAUCAAAACAUUAGCUGGUGCGGGAUUUCAAGACACUGUAGCGUCAGAUGGGCUUAUAGCUUUGGCGAUCGGUUACCGAAGAAAUCAUUACAAGAACCCAUCUUUCGCAACCGAAGAAACGCCUCCAAGUUCUCAUCAAGCUGAAAGCAAAUAG